AUGGCAACUCACGCCUACACCACAGCCGCAGACCAGGUCAGCACCGGCCCAGCUUGCAAGUCACCCGACACAAUUACAACUCAGCUGAGCGUUUUCGACCUGAUUCCACCUAGAGUAUACAUCAAAUUCAUCAUCUACCUGCCACUGCAACCCGGUGUCAGUUUUCAGAGAGCAUUUUCUCAUCUAGAAGCUGGACUCCGGGGCACGCUUCGACAAUUUCCAUUUUUGGAUGGCCGCAUCUUUCUCAGGGAUAAACGCGAGCCCGACUGGCGGCCGGGGCAUAUCAUUGUCUCAUACGACCGAACAGCUGCAAGCAGUUCGCACGAUUCUCCCCGGCAGCUAGUGUUCAAAGAUCUCUCGCAGGUCCUCCCGGACUUCGAAGAUCUCCGGGACGCCGGAUUCGAGUUCUCUGCGUUCGACGAUGAGUUAGUUCUGGCUGCACCAUUUGUCCCAGAUCUAUCUGGCGGAGUGGAUAUUUUUCUUGCCCAGGCAAAUUUUGUCAAUGGCGGUUGCCUUCUUGCAACGGGGUUCCAUCACUCAGCCAACGAUGCCACCGGCAUGGUCACGACAAUGAGGGCAUGGGCGGAGCACUGUCGCAACUUGAGCCAGCCUGCCGGAGACGUCUGCAGCUGGCUGGCGCUAGAAAGUUUCGAUCGUACUCUCCUUGAGCGGCUGUGGAGCAGAACGCCUGCUAAGCCCGUCUCCGAGAUCCUGCGCGACACGUGGAGCUUCCUCGGCUUUCAAGCCCCGGAUGCGGAGGACGCAGGGACAGAGGAUCCUGCCCAACCCCUAGCACAGAAUCGGAAGAUGGAGUCUAGCAUCUUUUACAUUUCGCCUGAAAACUUCAACAAGCUCAAAAGAGAUGUUCUUGGGGAGACACAACACGGAACAGGCUUGUCGGCUAACGACGCCUUGCUCUCUCUCUUCUGGAGAGCUCUGAUGAAAGCCCGUUACAAGGCCGCCAUCGCCGCAGGGCAGGCCACACCACCAGACGAGGUUUCGCAUCUCGAGUCUCCAGUCGAUGGUCGUCCGGACUUUGACCCUUUACUCCCUCCGUCUUACGCGGGGAACCUGGUCAUUGUGAACAAAGUCCCUAUGCCAGUGGUAGAGCUGGCUGCUGAGGCGACGAGUCUCCGCGACGUCGCUCUUCGCAUCAGAGCUCAAGCGGCUAAAGUGAACCCAGAUUUGGUCAAAGACGCAUUCACACUUAUGCGCGAAGUUCCAGAUUAUACAAAGUUGAAACACGCUUUUACGCGGCUUGACGGAUUCGAUGUUAUGAUUACGUCGGUACUGUUGUUACCGCUAGAUAAGAUCAAUUUCGGGGCGGACAUUUUUGAGAAUGAUGGAAAGCCCGAGUCAUUACGGCCGUUGAUGGAUGCGUUUAAUGCGAACUUCAGACUAUGCAUGGUGCUGCCAAUGAAGACCUACGGCGGUAUUGAGCUGCUUGUUAGUUUGUUUGCUGAUGAAAUGGAGCAGCUCUUGGGGGAUGAGGAGUUUACGAGAUAUGCGGCUUUUUGUUGUCAUUGA